GGGUCUAACCUUUGAUCUCACUCCGCCUGUUAUUCUGAAUAACACAGUACAUUUGUUUCCAAGGCAACUGACAUUAAAACAAAAUGCUCCUCUCCUUCCUGCACUGCAUGCUGGGAGUGUGAGUGAGUUUGUUUGGGCUGUAUUUCAGAAGUUUACACCCUGUGGUUGUUCAUUGGUUAAAGAGUUGUUUCAAAGGUCAGAGGUCAAAGGUCUCCUCCUCCCUGAGGUCGUCAGUCACAGGUCCACACUGUCGGACUCUCUGGUGUCAGACCACAGACGCCAUACCUGAGCGUUUGUCCUUCAGAGAAUCAGGUGUGGAGGUCAUCUGCUGUCACCUGUCUGCAGGUAGGAGACCCCGCCCACAUCAGAGCCAUGCUGAGACCUCUGAGGCUCCUCCUCUCAGGCCUGAAAACGCAGCCGAGCCGCUGCUGCUCCAGCUUCGUGUCCAGGAUGAGGUAUGUGAACAGGCUGAAGGAGGACGACGAGGCGUGCGCGGCGGCGCUGAAGGAUGGCUCCAUCUUCCUCUUCCACCACUUGUCUCCUCUGCUGCGAUGCCCCGACGCCAGAACCUUCAGCCCAGCAGCUUUCACCUGCUCAGAUGUGCAGUUGGUCCUACAGAGGCUCGGUUCAGACGGGUCGCAGCUGAAGGAGGCAGUUCUGAUUGGCUGUUCUGAGCAGAACCAGGCUCAGUUCUGUCUGGAUGUCGGAGAACUGGACCAGGCGGCGGUGGAGGAAGCCUCUCAGGGGACCUUCAUCGAUCUGAGGAAGGCCUUCUUUCUGCUGCCCGCAGCUGAGGCGCCUCUAGUGUCCAAGGGUCAGGCGCUGCUGCGUUGGCAUCAGACCAGCAGGUUCUGCGGCGCUUCGGGCCAGCCGACUCAACGAAACCGAGCAGGCAGCCAGAGGUUCUGCAGCAGCAGCUCCACAGUCUACUACCCGAAGAUGUCUGCGGUGGCGGUCGCUCUGGUGUCUGAUGGGAGUCGGUGUCUGCUGGGCCGCCAGCCAUCCUUCCCACGUGGACUCUACAGCGCUCUGGCCGGCUUCUGUGACAUGGGUGAGACUCUGGAGGAGGCGCUCUGCAGGGAGGUGGCGGAGGAGGUGGGUCUGGAGAUCCAGAGCAUCUCCUACAGCUCCUCGCAGCACUGGCCGUUCCCGCACAGCUCCUUCAUGCUGGGCUGCCACGCCUUGGUUAGCCCCGCCCACACUCAGCUGAGCGUGGACAACUCAGAGCUGGAAGAUGCUCGCUGGUUCACCAUGGACGAAAUCACCCGCGCCCUCCAGGUGAAAGCUCCGCCCAGGAGAGGUGACCCCCCCAUCAUCUGGCUUCCUCCGAAACACGCCCUCGCCAACCGCCUCAUCAGGGAGUGGGUGGAGCAGCAGCGGCAGAGUGAGGGCGGAGAGUGAUGGAGGCGGAGCUGCAGUCGGAGUCAUCAGAUCACACCUGAAACACGGAUGUUUCACCUCCGCUCCUGAGAUCUCACAGUUCAGAAGUCCAUUGAGAUUCUCUGAUUUUAGCCUCCUUCACAGAUCUAACCUGUGACCUUAUUGAAAGAAACUUUUAAUGUGAAAAACAUUCAGUCAGUCACAACAGGAAGCAGCUCGUGGACUCUGACCUGCUGAUGUUUCCUCCAAACUGGUUUUAAUUUUCAAUAAAAAU